AUGACCGAUAACAACGGUUCAAAUUGGGUAUAUCAUAAUAAUCGGUUGUUGUGGUUAGUUUUGUUGAUUAUUUCAAAAGGUUGUUGCAUCGAUUGGAACAGUGCAAUUAUUGCAACACGAGACGAGGAAAUUGCUGCACAUACUGAUCGUCUGUAUAAAUAUUUUGGUCAAAAAGUCGAUGAUGGAAGUCUGUUUCGAACACAGCAGCAAAUGCAACAAUUAAUUGGCGAUUUUAAAGAUGUCGAUCGGCAAAGGAUUCGUAAUCAUAACUUUACGGCGAUGACCAAUUGGUUGAAGGAAUACGCAAAAAGUUAUCCAAAAAUAACAACGCUUUAUACGGCAGGCCAAAGUUCAGAGAAUCGUAAUCUUUGGGUUAUGGUUAUUUCAAAAAGUCCACAACAACAUCAAAUUGGUGUACCCGAGUUUAAAUAUGUUGGCAAUAUGCAUGGUGAUGAGGUAGUGGGCCGAGAAUGUUUACUGUAUCUUAUAGCUGUUUUAUGUGAAAACUAUGGGAAGAACAAAUUUAUAACACAUAUGGUAGAUAAAACUCGGAUUCACAUUAUGCCUUCAAUGAAUCCAGACGGCUACGAAUAUGCAGUACGUUUUCAACAAAAAUUUCCUUCCAUAAAAAUACGUGGUAAUGCGCAUAACGUUGAUUUAAACAGAAAUUUUCCUGCCAAAUUUGAAGCACAUAAAGAAGAUGGAGGCAUGGGUCUUCAGCAAGAAACUAAGGUGGUCAUGCAAUGGCUACAGGAACAUCCGUUUGUUCUGUCGGCAAAUUUUCAUGGAGGUUCUCUGGUUGCCAACUACCCAUAUGAUGAUUCCGCGACCGGCAAAGAUGGUGUUUAUGCGGAAUCUCCCGAUGAUAAACUUUUCGUGGCUUUAGCUUACACUUACGCAAGGGCACAUGAAAAUAUGUGGAAAACUGGACGUAGGUGUGGCUUAGGGAUCAAUGGCGAUGAUUUUUACAAUGGCAUUACUAAUGGUAAUGGUUGGUAUCAUCUCGCUGGUGGAAUGCAAGAUUGGCAAUACUUUCAUACAAAUUGUUUGGAGAUAACUAUCGAGAUGGGUUGUAUCAAAUUUCCAGAUGACAGUAUACUGCCCAAAUUAUGGGAUGAGCACAAAUUCGCCUUACUUGCAUACAUGACUUUCGUGGAGAGGGGUAUAAGGGGGUUCAUUGUUGACGAAAAUGGUGAUCCGGUUAAGGAUGCAGUAGUUUCAGUACCAAAGGGAAAAAAUAUAACCAGUACCACAGAUGGUGAAUAUUGGCGAGUGUUGGUUCCUGGAAAAUAUAACGUAACAGAUGGGUCAUGGUUGGAGGGAAGUUAUUAUUACCUGUUUAAAAUGCUUCGAUUCAUAAGCAUUCGAGCGCAAUUUUCGACUGCUGAAGACGUGCCGUGUACUAGGACUAUUGGGGAAGAGAUACAGCUGGGUGUAAAGCGCAGGUUUCAGCCGCAAAACAACCGUGAAUUACGGUUCUGGGGGAUUAACGGUGGAAUGCAGGUGCACAACGUCGGAAGAAUCUGGGGAGGUCAGGAAAUGGAAAAACAAGAAGUACUGGGGAACUGCGAGGAGUUUGACAUAAAGUUGAAUGGUAUAUUGGGUGAGCAUAUACGUGGUAAUGGUAGCAUACAGCUGGCAGUGAUCGGUAUUGAUGAUUUUGGUAAAACAGUGUUGGAGUCGUUGGCAAAUGAAACUUGUACCGAGAAUCCAUUGUUUAGCAACUUGUUUUUCACUUCUACAUUAUUUAUGUUGCCUGAAUUUACCGUGAAUAGUAGUCUGGGCCUUCAGAGCCAUCAAGCAGUAGUGAUAUUGCGAAAAGGCUACGCAACAACAUCGAUAUACAGCCGCUAUGGCAAUAAGCCAGACGGCUUUCAUCAAAAGGAAUUUGAUCAAAGUCUUAAAAAGGUAUUUAGCCAAGAUGCACCAGUCUGUGUUGAUGAAUUACCGAAAGAAAAAGUAUCCAGUAUAGUUGCAAAAAUAAGCCAAAAAAAAAUGUUUGUACUCGACGUACCACUAGGUUGUUCAGACUUUAUACUAAACAAAUAUAUGGCGGCUAUUGCUGCUAUAUUGCAGACGGUAGCCGGUUUUUAUUCGCCGCCACGAGAUCAUGUCACCGAAUUUUCUGUUGUUCCUUCAGCUAAUCCAGGUGAUCAUUUCCUUCCAUCUGAAAUGGUUAUGGCAACAAGUGCCGGUCUGGAACGCAUUGAAAAGGAGCAUUGCGGAGAAGAGAUUAAUAUAGGCAGCUUGAAAGUCGUUCGUAUGGGCGUGAAAAAUGGACCUGCAACUCUUGUGAUGGCCAUUGAAAAAAAAACUGAGACAUUACUUUAUGAGCUGAUGACGAGUUACUGUGACUCGGAAAAGUCAAAUCCUGUUGUUGGAAAAAUUGUAAAUUCAUCAGCUCUUAUACUCGUUCCUGCAAUCCCGAACACGCAAACAGACUGUCAUGAUUAUUUAAAUAUCAUUGCGUUUGAAGGAAUGAUCCGCUCGGUCGUAACUAAAUUUCCUUUAAUCGAUUAUGUUAUUCUUUUGGCUACUGGAGGUAUGAAGGUUAGAUACCUUGAUGUUUCUGGCAAAAAAAUUGCUAAGCAUCUUGCUUUGGCUUACAGCAGUAAGCACGCUAUUAUGAAUGUUGAACUCCCAGAAAUAUGCAGUAAUGCUGAGCCUCGCCCGUCUCUUGAUACUGUGCAGUGGAGCGAAACUGAGCCAAAAAUUCCCGACACUUUGCUUGUACAAGCGGCAUGUUGCUACGAACAAAGUGGUUCCGGUCAUCUUUUGAAAGAAAAUAGCGCUUCAAUUACCGAAGUUCUUGAGCAGCGAACUCAAGGAGUAAUGGGUAAAAUAUCGUCUUGUAACGGCGUGCCGAUUGAACCACCAGUAACAGUUUCUGUCGAAAAAAUAUCGCGAAGCUAUAACACAGUUGUCAGUGGUUUUUACUUUAUGGACCUUCCUAUUGGUACACAUAAAGUUACAAUUAGAAAAAAGAAUUAUCAUCCAGUAGUAUUUCACGUAAAGGUAAGAAACCUUAUAUUACAUUUUUAG